AUGGGGCUGGGACCCAUAAUGGGGCUGGGCCCCCCACGUGUGGGUCUGACCCCAAGUGUGGGGCAGGAGGAGCUGCCUGAGGUCACUGCCCAGGAGCUGAAGCUGCUGCUGGAGGCUGAGCCUGAGCUGCUGCUGCCCGAGGAGGAGGUGCCCGAGGUGCCCCCAGCCCCUGCUCCCAGGCCCCCCCCAGAGCCAGGUUUGCCUUUGGAGAUCCCCUCCCCCCCCCGCCGGCGCCGUCCUGCCCCACAGCUGCCCCACAUCGAUCUCCAGACCCAGAUCCCUCAGGAGACCUUCAGGGCCCAGCUGGAGCUGCCCCACAUCGGCUGUGGGGAGCUGCUCCUCCUGCCCCCUCCCUCCAAGCGCUGCAGGACUCCUGCUGAGCUCUUUCGGACCCCAACCUGUGGCUGGCUGCCCCCUGAGCUCCUGGCCCUGUGGCUUCGCUGCACCAGGCCAGGCCCUCCCCGCCCCACAGCGCCCCCCCCAGAGCUGCCCAGCGAGGUGGAGGUGCUCAGGGAGGCUCUGGAGCCCAGCCUGGUCCCGCUGCUGUCCUCAGAGGUGUCCCUGGAGACCCCUGAGGAGGAGCCCAGGCCCAGGCUGCUGCCCCCCGAGGAGCGAAGGCUGCUGCCCCCCCCUGCCCCCCAGCCCUGCCUGAGCUCCCUGAGGGGCCUGAGCCUGAACUGCCCCCUGGGGCCCCCCCAGACCUGGAGGCCUGGAGCAGGGAGCUGCUGGAGGCCUCCCAGCAGCCAGGGGGAGCUGCGUUGGAGUCUUUGCUGCCCCCUGGCUGCCAUCGGGGCCUGGUGGGGAGAAUCUUCUGCCUCUGCCUGGCCCUCUGCGCUCAGAGAAGGCUCCGAUUGGUCCAGUCCAAGCCCUUUGGGCCAAUCCUGCUGCUGGCUCCGCCCUUGCUGCUGUGAUGUCAUCAAUCCAAGAUGGCCGCCGGCGAUGACAUCAGCAAACCACCGACAGGGGUGGGGGAGGGGGAAAGGCUCAAGGUGAUGAUGUCAUUAAAAUACAAGAUGGCCGCCAGGGGUGACGUCAUCAAAAGUU